AUGGAGUCAUCCUUCUCAUUUGGAGUGAUCCUUGCUGUCCUAACCAUCCUCAUCAUUGCUGUUAAUGCACUGGUGGUUGUGGCUAUGCUGCUAUCAAUCUACAAGAAUGAUGGUGUUGGCCUUUGCUUCACCUUGAAUCUGGCCGUGGCUGAUACCUUGAUUGGCGUGGCUAUUUCUGGUCUAGUGACAGACCAGCUCUCCAGCUCUGCUCAGCAUACACAGAAGACCUUGUGUAGCCUUCGGAUGGCGUUUGUCACUUCUUCUGCAGCUGCCUCUGUCCUCACGGUCAUGCUGAUUGCCUUUGACAGAUACCUUGCCAUUAAGCAGCCCCUCCGUUACUUCCAGAUCAUGAAUGGGCUUGUGGCCGGAGCAUGCAUUGCAGGACUGUGGUUGGUAUCUUACCUUAUUGGCUUCCUCCCACUCGGAGUCUCCAUAUUCCAGCAGACCACCUACCAUGGGCCCUGCAGUUUCUUUGCUGUGUUUCACCCAAGGUUUGUGCUGACGCUCUCCUGUGCUGGCUUCUUCCCAGCUGUGCUCCUCUUUGUCUUCUUCUACUGUGACAUGCUCAAGAUUGCCUCUGUGCACAGCCAGCAGAUCCGGAAGAUGGAACAUGCAGGAGCCAUGGCUGGAGCUUACCGGCCCCCGCGGCCUGUCAAUGACUUCAAGGCUGUUCGUACUGUAUCUGUUCUUAUUGGGAGCUUCACACUGUCCUGGUCUCCCUUUCUCAUCACUAGCAUUGUGCAGGUAGCCUGCCACAAAUGCUGCCUCUACCAAGUGCUAGAAAAGUACCUGUGGCUCCUUGGAGUUGGUAACUCCCUGCUCAACCCACUCAUCUAUGCCUAUUGGCAGAGGGAGGUUCGGCAGCAGCUCUACCACAUGGCCCUGGGACUACUUGCUGAUGAGAGUACACAACCCCAAACUGAGACAGUGUAA